AUGACAUCUUUUACUUCCUUUGCAAGGUGGCUCAUACCGCUGCUGCGGAAAGGUCUCUAUAAUGACCUCAGCACGGAGGACUUGCAUGCGAUCGAUGAUUCAGAGACCUCGAAAUUUCUCACCGACAACAUGGAGAAACUUUGGCAAGAAGAAGCAUUGAGACCUGAACCCCGGUAUGCGCGAGCCCUCAUGCGAUAUUUUGGCGGCAGCUGUUUCAAAGCCGGUCUUUCUGCAGCGAUUGCUGAGUGCAUCCUAAGAAUCGCGCAGCCGGUGUUACUUGGUCAGCUGCUGCGCCACCUGGGCGGCGUGCAGGGGUACGAGGAAGUAUGGAAGGGCUGGGCGUUCGGAACAGGCAUCAUCCUCUGCUCGCUCCUCUACCUCUUCACUUUUUACUACCACAGUUUUAGCGUCCGGAAUAUUGGCAUGAAGAUGAGGAUUGCCAGCUGUGGUCUCAUCUACAGAAAAUCAUUGCGACUGAGUAAAUCUGCUCUCGCCAACACAACUGUGGGGGAGAUGGUGAAUCUUCUCUCCAACGACGUCAACAGAUUCGACACUUCUCUCGUCUUCUGUAACUUUCUAUGGAUUGCUCCACUGCAGUUAUCUUUGGUUCUUGGUCUGCUCUAUCACAUGUUUGGACUGUCAGGAAUGACAGGAGUAGCUUUCCUCAUCAUCCUCAUCCCACUUCAGUGCUACAUGGGGAACGUAUUCUCUCGACUGCGCCAAAGGACUGCACAACACACAGACGAGCGAGUGCGCAUAAUGAACGAGAUCGUCAACGCCAUUAAGGUCGUCAAAAUGUUUGCUUGGGAGCCUCCCUUCAUGACACUCGUGUCUGACGCAAGGAAGAAAGAAAUCGGAGUUAUCCGUAGAAGCAACUUCCUGAAAGCUGUCAACGAGGCCCUGUUCUUCAGCUCUGCUAAGCUGGCGAUCUGUUUGACAGUCAUAACCUACGUGCUCACAGGAAGCUUAGUCACCGCUGAAAAAGAAUUCUUCAUUCAAGAAGAAAUUGCAGUUCACGGAAAUCACGUAUCGGAAAACGUCCUACUCAUCAGUGGAGAGCGGUUUGAGGAUGAGCAAAGCGGAGUGGCGAUCCGGGAACUGAGAGCUCAGUGGUGUACAGGGACAAGAACAACGCUUGAUGACAUCACGGCGACGGUGAUGGCAGGAGAGUUGCUGGUGGUUGUGGGGCCCGUGGGCGCUGGCAAGAGUUCGCUCCUUCACUGCUUGCUAGGAGAGCUGCCGGCGCUGCAUGGCCGCGUUCGCGUCUCUGGCAAGAUCGCUUAUGCCGCUCAGGAACCUUGGCUUUUCUCUGACUCCAUCAGAAAAAAUAUACUUUUUGGAAAAGAAUACGUUCCCGUGAAAUACGCAGAAAUUAUUAAAGUUUGCGGCCUGGAUGCGGACCUCAAGCAGCUGGCUGAUGGAGACCUAACAUUCGUUGGAGAGCGCGGCACAACACUCAGCGGUGGUCAGAAAGCGCGCAUCAGCUUAGCGCGAGCGCUGUACCAGGAUGGCGAUGUUGUGUUGCUGGAUGAUCCGUUGAGCGCAGUAGACGCGGCUGUGGGCAAGCAGCUGUUCGACCUCUGCAUCCGCGGAUACCUGCGUCGUAAAGCUGUCAUCCUCGUCACCCACCAGCUGCAGUACAUCAGCGCCGCCCACAACAUCCUCGUGCUGCUCGAGGUGAGACGGAGCCCACCAGCUGCAGUACAUCAGCGCCGCCCACAACAUCCUCGUGCUGCUCGAGGUGAGACGGAGCCCACCAGCUGCAGUACAUCAGCGCCGCCCACAACAUCCUCGUGCUGCUCGAGGACUAAUGAGCUGCAUGGGCAAACACACCAAGGCGCAAUCAACGGCCACAACAUCUUUAACCAGACCACGAAAGGGUUGGAAGUUGACGUGCCAUUCACGUCGUUCACUUUUGCGCAAGUCUACGGCGCACUGGUAUGUAUCGUACUCAUUCUGUCUCUGGGACGGACUGUGUUAUUCUUCAUGAUGUGCUGUGUGUCGUCACGACGCCUACACGACAACAUGUUUCAAGCGGUCAUGCGCGCGCCCAUGAGAUACUUCGAUACUCAGCCUAUUGGUCAUGUGCUAAAUUGCUUCACCAAAGAUAUGGGACAAAUUGAUGAUCUUAUGCCGAUGUGUCUGUGGGACUUUUUGACAAUAUCAUUGAACACAGUGGGAAUCAUUGCAAUGAUCGGGUUCGUCUUCCCCUACAUGUUCAUCCCAACCGCCGUGUUCGUCGUCGUGCUUAUCUUGCUGCGACGUCUCUACUUGCACACCGCUCGAGACAUCAGGAGGCUGGAAGCAAUCACGCGCAGUCCAGUAUUCUCCCACCUGAGCACAUCUCUGGACGGCCUGACCACCAUCAGGGCCUUCCGUACCCAGCGCUCCUUCAUCAGAGGCUUCGAUCAUCUUCAGGAUUUGCACACGUCGUCGUAUUCGAUGAUUACAGCGACGACGCAAUGGUACGGAUUUUCACUUGAUGGCCUCUCAGCGUUUUUUGUCGCUUGCGUCAUCAUCACUUGUAUCGCUGAGCAAGGCCACCGCAGUGGAGACAUUGGACUGGCCAUCUACUGCGCACUGAUGCUCACCAACACUCUUCAGUGGGGAGUUCGGCAGUCAGCCGAGGUGGAGAACCAAAUGAUUUCUGUGGAGCGGGUGCUGGCGCUUAGUGAACUGCAGCCAGAGGCCUCACUGAUCUCGGACGAAGGCGAGUCACGCAACGCCAACAUAAAGCCUGGUUGGCCAACCUCUGGACAAAUUGACUUCAGGAACGUAAGCCUUCGUUAUGAGGAAAACCAGCCCAUGGUUCUGAAAAAUAUCUCAUUCACCAUCUCGUCAGGUGAAAAAAUCGGCAUCGUGGGCCGUACAGGGGCGGGUAAGUCAUCGCUCAUCUCGUGCUUGUUGCGCUUGACGGAACCCGCCGGACAGAUCAACAUCGAUGGUGUGGACAUCGGCAAGCUCGGACUGCACACUCUCCGCAAGAACAUUUCCAUCAUCCCUCAAGACCCUGUAUUAUUCAAUGGCUCUCUUCGUAUGAACUUAGACCCGUUCGACGAGUACUCAGACGAUCAACUAUGGAAUGCACUCAACGAGGUGCAACUGAAGGAGGGGGUGCAGGCGAGCCCCGACGGUCUGGAUCAGACUGUGGAGGAGGGCGGCAGCAACCUGAGUGUGGGGCAGCGGCAGCUCGUGUGUCUGGCUCGCGCCAUCCUCUCGCACAACCGCAUCCUGCUCAUCGAUGAGGCAACCGCCAACGUCGACUCAAAGGCAGACGAGCUGAUUCAGCGGACCAUUCGUGAGAAGUUCAAGCAGUGCACGGUGCUUACUGUGGCCCACAGACUCCAAACUAUCAUGGACAGCACUAGAGUGAUGGUGAUUAGUGCUGGAAAAAUCCAUGAGCUGGACGCCCCGCACUCGCUGCUGCAGGACCGCGCCUCGCUCUUCUCGCGCCUCGUGCGCCAGGCCGACGACGCCACCGCGGAGCGCUUGCACAACAUCGCAAGAGAGGCGUACAAAAAACGCAAUAUUUUGACACCGCCUUUCUGA